AACGCGCGAAACGAAACGCAGGUGGCUGCUUCUGCUGUUGUGACUUCGACUUCUGCUGUUUGGGGUUUGGGUGAUUAUAUUUGGUUUGGUUUCAUAAAGUCCCAAAUGGUUCGCCGUAAAUGUGUGCUUCGGGCUUGUCCCCAUCACCAUUAUGGUUUGGAAAAAAUUGGUGGGAACAUAGUGAGACCUCAUUCAUUUCCAAGGAGUGAUUAUCCAGCUUGGUCGAAAUGGCAACAGUUUGUCAUUCAACAUAAUGGGUCUAUGGAGAAGAGCAGAUCUCGAAAUAUUUUAUGUUCCGCUCACUUCCAACCAAACCUCUUGAAUGCAGACGGUACAUUAUCAAUUGACGCUGUGCCAACAAUUUCUCCUGAGUUUGUUAGACUGCUGGCUCUAAAACAUGGUGAUGUCAGUCCUUCCAAUAUUUACCCUUUGCCCGAAAAGAUUAAAUCAAAUAAGAUUUCAACACCUGUUAUUUUUCUUAAGAAUGUCGUUGAAGGAUAUAAACCUGAACAACAACAGCUUCCUGGUUGUCAACCGUCAAGUUCUGAACUCCGAAAAAGAAAGCGAAUUAAUGACCUUUGUGAAUGUGAGUUUAUCUGCCCCGUGAAAACCAAGGUGGGCCUACAGAUAAUCAACGACACACUGAGAAUUUGGGGUAGUUUGGCAAAGGCGAAUGAUAAAGAAAAAGUGGACCGUAAAGCUCUUAAAGGUAAUAAGGUUAUUGAAAUUGAGGAGGAGUGUGGGGGCAACUGCUACAACUGUUCAAAGAAAUAAUAUCCCACAAAAUAAGACAAUUUAAGGAAAAGAAAAACUUGUUUUUUAUGUGGGGGAGGGGGUGUGUGUGUGUGCAUAAUUUGUGUGUCGGCCUUGACAAAUAUCAUGCAAGAUGUUGAUUAGAUUAAAAUAGUGACUCAAAUUA